GGAGAGAUCUUGAAACUACUUGAUGCGGGUAUCAUAUACCCAAUUCCCGAUAGCAAAUGGGUUAGUCCCAUUCAAGUUGUGCCUAAGAAGUCAGGCAUUACUGUAGUUCAGAACGACAAGAAUGAAUUAGUCCCUACUCGUACAACCACAGGAUGGCGAGUAUGCAUCGACUACAGGAAGUUGAACACAGUAACAAGGAAAGAUCACUUCCCGCUCCCUUUCAUUGACCAAAUGCUAGAACGUGUGUCUGGACACAGUCACUACUGUUUUCUAGAUGGCUUUUCCGGUUAUAACCAAAUUCACAUUGCUCCAGAAGAUCAGAAAAAAACUACAUUCACGUGUCCAUUUGGGACGUUUGCUUAUAGACGUAUGCCCUUCGGGUUGUGUAAUGCACCUGCUACUUUUCAGCGUUGCAUGAUGAGCAUUUUUUCUGACAUGAUAGAUAGUUUUCUCGAGAUCUUUAUGGAUGAUUUCUCUGUUUUUGGUUCCUCGUUUGACGAAUGUUUGAAGCAUCUUGCCCUCGUGAUAUCCAGAUGUAAAGAAAAGAACCUUGUUCUAAAUUGGGAAAAAUGCCAUUUUAUGGUGAAGUCAGGAAUAGUUCUAGGACACAUCAUCUCAGAGAAAGGAAUUGAAGUGGAUAAAGCUAAAGUUGACCUCAUUCAACAUCUACCACAACCUUGCUCUGUGAAGGAGAUCAGAUCAUUUCUAGGUCAUGCUGGUUUUUACCGGCGAUUCAUCAAAGAUUUCAGCAAAAGUACCCAUUACAAUGAAAUGUUAGAUCUGUUCAAGAGAGUCAACAUCAACAUUCCUUUUCUUGAAGCAAUCAAGCAAAUCCCUGCUUAUGCCAAAUUCCUCAAAGACUUGUGUACUCAAAAGCGCAAGCUCAAUGUGCAAAAACGUGCUUUCUUAGCUGAGCAGGUAAGUUCCAUCAUUCUGAACAAAACUCCACCCAAGUUUAGGGAUCCAGGAUGUCCAACAAUUUCUUGCACUAUAGGAGAACACACGGUCAAUAAAGCGUUAUUAGACCUAGGUGCAAGUGUUAACCUACUGCCAUAUUCUGUUUAUGAGCAGUUAGGUCUUGGGGAGAUGCCCUCACGUUGGUCGAGACAAGACCGCUCUAAAUUCCUGGCUGAAGUCAAACAUUUCCUUUGGGAUGACCCAUAUUUGUUUAAGUACUGCCCAGACCAAAUCAUUAGGAGAUGUGUCCCCAACACUGAAGCUUGUGAACGCUGUCAAAAGCUAGGAAGCAUUUCGAGGAGAAACAUGAUGCCAUUGAACCCCAUUUUGAUUGUGGAGAUUUUUGAUGUUUGGGGGAUAGACUUCAUGGGUCCAUUUCCCAUGUCUGACAGCAAGUUGUACAUCCUAGUCGCAGUUGAUUACGUUUCUAAGUGGGUAGAAGCCAUAACAACCAGAACAAAUGACCACAAGGUGGUACUUUCAUUUCUAAAGGAGAACAUAUUUUCACGUUUUGGUACCCCUAGAGCUAUCAUCAGUGACGGCGGUUCACAUUUUCGUAACAAGUACUUUGAGUCUUUAGUACGCAAGUAUGGCAUAACUCACAAGGUUGCUACUCCGUACCACCCUCAGACUAGUGGACAAGUGGAAGUGUCUAAUAGGGAAAUUAAGCACAUUCUGGAGAAGACGGUCAACCCGUCCAGGAAAGAUUGGUCAUUAAGAUUGAAUGAUGCUUUGUGGGCCUAUAGAACAGCUUAUAAGACACCAAUUGGCAUGUCCCCCUAUCGUCUAGUGUAUGGAAAGCCGUGCCAUCUACCUGUGGAAUUGGAACAUCGUGCCUACUGGGCAAUCAAAGAGAUGAACUUUUCUCUGGACGAAGCUGGAAUUCUACGGAAACUUCAACUCAACGAGUUGGAAGAAUUGAGAAAUGAGGCUUAUGACAGUGCCAAGCUGUACAAGCAGAAGAUGAAGAUGUUUCAUGACAAGCGUAUUCUGCGCAAAUCCUUCACUCCUGGUCAGAAAGUCUUGCUGUAUGACUCCCGAUUACAUCUUUUUCCAGGAAAACUGCGUUCUAGAUGGAAGGGUCCGUACCUAGUACGCACAGUUUUUCCUCAUGGAGCUGUAGAGCUGGAGGAUGUCUCCAACAAGAACGUU